AUGCCAGUCGACGUUGCACCAGGAGUUAUCAAGAAAUUGAUGUUUUUCACAGCAGCAAUGGUUAUUUGUCCAUUGUUAACAUUUUUUAGUAUUAAACAGUUCACUACAAAUACUAUUGUAAGUGGUGGUUUAGCAGCUCUAGCAGCUAACUUAGUAUUGAUUGGUUAUAUAGUGGUUGCAUUUAUGGAAGAUACUACUGAUGUAAAGGCAGAAAGCAAGAAAGAUUGA